CUUUGUUCUCGCCUUUUUUUUUUUUUCUUUUUUUCUUUUUUUCUUCUUGUGUUAAUUGCAAAAUGACCGCCUUCAUCGCGACUUCCCGAAGGCACACGCUGCUUUCGGCUGCAGUGCUCUUCCUUGUGCUCUCCGCCAAAACCACACAAGUAUCCGCCGUCGCUUGUCCGUCGAGCGACCUGAUCAUCAACGAGGUCUUGAUCGACUGUUCAGGCUCUGACGACGACUGCGAGUAUGUCAAGUUUUUCAACCGAGGGCCAACUGCGAUCGACUUGGCCGGACUGACACUGCUAGCAACGCGAGUUGGCCAAACUCCUCCCACUAAUAGCACCUUUACAUUUGCUACAAAUACGCUGGUGCAACCCUUUGAUUGCGCAGUUGCAGCGUCGCCAGGAGCCACUGCGAAAAUCGGCAUCGCUCUUGACAUUUCGAUGGGCUCGCCUUGGCUUGCAUCAAUCGUAUUCGGGCAGGGAACCUCUGAUAACACCCUAAUUUUGCUGGCAGGCAGCACAGUCUGCUGGAGCAUUCCAUACAGCACUCUGCCCAAAGUGACUGCAAAGUCAGCUAUUCUGACCAACAACCAAGCUGACUUUACCAACCCAGCCAAUUGGGCCAGCUUUUCGGGAAGCACUUUCGGCACUGGCACGAAUUCCGGCACACCUUUCUGUCACAUUGCAUCCCAGAUCCGAUCUGCCGCAACUUCAUACUUUUAUCCAUCAGUGACUUCAGCUGCAUCAGUGCUUGCUGCCUCUGUUAAAUCUGCUGCCUCUGCGUCUGCUGCCUCGGUUACUUCUGCCGCAUCAGUGUCUGCGGCCUCGGUUACUUCUGCUGCCUCUAUUUCCGCAAUUUCCGCAUAUCAAGCUGUGACAUCCGCGUCAGUCGUGUCCGUCGCCUCGGCGACCUCCGCUUCGGCUGCCUCAGUUGCCGCCGUAGAGUCUGCUUCGAGUGCUUCGGUUGUGGAGCUGUUCUCUGCCUCGUCGGCCUCUGUGCACCAGGCUUUGAUCAACGCCGAUUCGUCGGCCUCGGUGCUGCAGCAGUCCGUCCUGUCGGUGGAGGCUGUCGAAGCAUCCGUGGCAUCCGUCUCCUCUGCAUCUGCUGCGUCGGCUUCGGCUGUUUCGGCGGAGUCGGCUUCGUCUGUGGCCGUCGAACAGUCGAUCGAGUCCGCUGCCUCCGUGGCAGAGGUCGAGUCAAUCGCGUCGGUAUCCUCUGCUUCCGUCGUCGAGCAAUCGUCUGUUUCCGCCGUGGCCGCUUCCGCAUCCUCGGUUUCUGUUGUCGAGCAGUCGUCUUUGUCAGCCGUGGCCGCUUCGUCGGCGGCGGCAGCGGCGGCAGCUGCCAACCAGGAUGACUCUGAUUCGAAUUCCGCGGCCAUCAUUGGUGGCGUGGUCGGCGGCUUGGCAGGGUUGUGUUUAAUUCUGAUCCUGGUCAUUGUCUUGCUUGUUCGUCGGGGCCGCAAGGGCAAGCCUCAACCCAACCCCGAAGGAGUGAUAACCAACCAGCUGUUUGAGAAUCCGAUUGCCAAUCAUGCCUCCUAUCAAUCAGAGGCCAAUUCGUCCUACGACGUUCUGUCCGCGCCAGCUGGUGGCAAGGAGUACAAUCCUGCCUUCCUUGAGGGCUCGCCCAUCUACGACGACCUGAAUGCCCCUCCUCAGACGUUCACCAACCCGGCGCACGAAGCCUCCAUUCCGUCCAAUGCUUACGACGAUGUUGGGCAUAAGCAACCGAAUACCACGUACGCUGAGCCGAACGCAAUCAUCUACCAAACGCUUGUGCACAGCGGCAAUUCCGGCAACUGAACGAGAUGAAUUGAAUGGGUUUAAUAAUUUGAGAAUCGCAACGCCUUCACCAAUGGCAGUUGUGCUGGCGUACUUUGCUUCAGAUGUAUGUGACUGAUUUUUGUUUUCCAAUGUUGUUUUUGAAGUGUUUAUCUGUGUAAUUUGCGUGUUCGCUCCACUGUAUUCUCUGGGUAUUUUUUUUGCUCUGUUGUGUACAUACUGUUUCGCUCACUUCGAAUAUAGGUAACCUCGUUUCCUAAUGCAUAUGCACACGAGGCUGCUCAUUGC